GCGGCCUUUUUCGAUUUGCUGGUCGACGACGACGAGGCGCAUGGAGUUCCUCGUGCACAACAUCUCGCACUCGGACCUCGUGGUCGAGCUGCACGGCAACGCGGGCCUCGCGACGCACCAUGGCAAGACGUCGCUCCUUGCGCGGCCCAAGUUCAGCCUCUUCAACAUCGUCUCGCAGUGCAUUGUCGCGCGGCUCGAGACGCUCUUGCCAUCGAAGGCGUCGCUGGCCUUCGACAUGCACGAGUACUGCAGCGCCACGUCCCACCCGAUUGGCUUCCGGUUUGGCGCGCAUGCGAUUGCACUGCCGUCGGCGUCGCUUGCGCUCUCGGACUUUCAAUUGCGCUGCUCCGAGGCGACGCAGCUCGAGGUUGAACGCAGCUGGUCGAACGUGUCGAUCUCGGCUGUCUUUCUCCCGCUCCUCGGCAGCCUCGUGCCCAAAUGGAUCCAAGUGUUGGCAGAAGUGCACUCACAAGACAGCCAGCAGCUUCUGUACCUCAUCUCCGGCGCUGGCAUUCCGCGCAACGCCGCGCAUUCGAUCAUUGGCAACUCGACCGAGUGCACGGCGGCGCUCAUGACGCAGUUCGUCUCGACGUACUACCCCAAGAUGCACAUCACGCGCGUCCACUCGGGCUCCAACAUCUUCCGCUACAACGACAACGUGCAGUUCAUGACUCGCGAGUUGCGGCCGCUCCUCGAAGCCCACCGCGAUACGCUCGUCCAGAAAGUCGGCGAUACGUGGAAGAGCCAUUUCCACUUGACCAUCUCGUACGCUGACGGGCCGCCGGCGCGACUGAGUGCGCUCAACGCCGCGCUUCGCGUGUACACGCCGUCGUAUUUGCAUCUCUGGCAGCUCAAGACAUUCUGGCACGAGUCCAAGCUCAGCCUCGACGACGUCGACUUUCACCCGUUCGAGGACAUUGAAGCGACGCCGCAGAUUGCAUUGAGUGACGUCAAGGAGCCGCUCGUCCAGCGCCUCGUGGACGAGAUGAAAUCGUUCCGCGACUGCUUCGUCGACGGCCAGCACCUCGGCGAGGUCGGCAGCUUCUGGCUCCGGAAGUCCCGCAAGCCCGUGCUCGCCAUCUUGCUCAUCCAGAAAACGCUGCCGACCGGCGAGACGGCGCUCGUCGUGCACCGGGGCAUGAACUGCGAGGUGUCGAUGCCAACCGGAUCGCUCUGCGCCGAGCGCAAUGCGAUUGGCAGUGCGCUCGCCAACGACCCGACGUUGCACCGGAAUGCGCUCAAGAUGAUCGGCGUUCUCAGCGUCAACCUGGCGCCGCCGUCGACGUCGACGUCGUCACUGCCGUUGCCGCGCACCGUGUCGCUGCCGACACCGAUCACGCCGACCGUCCGCGCCGCCACCGACUGCAGCUCGCCCAAAGCCAAGAAGCCCAAGCGCCCGCGCACGUUCUCUUGCGACGGUACGACGCCGGCCGUCGCAUCGGCGCUGGCCGAGAUCAGUGCGCCCAAGAAGGAGGUGCCGGCGCCCGAAGAUCGCAAUCCGCUAGGACCGUGCGGCGCGUGCAACGAGUGGCUGCUCAAGAUUGCCGAGGCCAACCCAAGCUUCAAGAUCAUCACGUUCGGAAGCAUGGAGUGCGAUAGCAUUUAUGUUCAUCAGUUGCUCUAA